AUGGCCGUUUCCGCCCACAGCUUCCCAGUUUCGCUGCACAAAUUGACGAAUUCUGUCGAGCCAGAACAAAUUUUUAGCUUACACUACAUUGCAUAUGGUAGCGCUUUAAUCGUACAUUAUAUAAAUGGAAAUGUUGAAGUCCUGACUGUCGAAGGAGAAGGAGAAAACAGCACCGUGAUUGAUCAAAAUAUUCUGCAAAUUCGGGUUCAUUGCAGUGAAACAACUGUAGAGUCUAAAACCUGUGAAGCUUCUCUCCUUGUCCUUGGUAACGACUACAGUCUAACUGUGCAUUAUUUAUCCAUCAACUCUGAUCAACUCAAAGUGACCGAGUCUAACUCGGUAAAGUGCACCAAACAACAAUUACAACAGAUUCUAUGCAACGACACAAAGGAAGGUCUCCCAGAUCCAUCCUGCAUCCAUGUCUUGUCCUUUGAAUCUUCUUCUACAACUCUCCUCUUUGGUCGCUCCAUCUUGAAAUUAUCCUUCAACCCGGAUAUAAGACCCGAGCUCAAGGAACGUAUCGAGUUGGUCUGGGACCCCAAAGAAGGCAGUGUAAUCGAUAGUAAACUCCUACAUGGACUAGUGUUUCUAUUGCACCAGUCUGGUAAUAUCUCUGUACAUUCCCUGAGCAGGAGGCUGCUGGUCGCCACUGUCCACUUCCAGAAGUUCCUCCAUCAUUUAUACCCGAGUGCUACUCCGGAGACCCUGAAGCCCCUCCAUCCAGACAGCCUAGAUGUCAGCCCCGACCUACAGUACCUUAUCCUGACCCAACAGCAAGCCAAGUACAACAUCUACAAGCUCAACCUAACCGAGUACUUCAAUGCAUACCCUUACCAUGUCAAAGUUCACAGGUCAUCUCCUCAGUUCACCUCUUCACCCGGCGGUGGGAGAGAGGUUGCAGACGAGGAUGAGAUGGUGUAUAUGCAUGGGAGGGUCAAAGUUCAGGCGGUUGGAACGCCGGGGAAUCGAAGCUGGUUGAGUAUGCUGUCGACGGCUUCCAAGAAGUUAUCAGGAGGUCGUGGGUCAGAUGGAGGUCAGGCAGAGGUCAACUGGCUGGAGAGGGUCGGUGUGACUGAGUUGACUCACUCAAAGUUACAUCUCACAUCGGGUGUCGUCAACUCUAAGAAGCUUCCUGGUAGGAUUUCAGGUUUCCAGAAGCCGCAAACUAGACACGACUCUAUGUCAUCCUACCGACCCAAGAUCCACAUCCAGACGGACCAGGAGGAUGAGGCUUGCAGGCCCUCAGCAGCGGUCCGAGCUUCCAAGGCCUUCAGGGACCUGAAGGUGACUGAAAUGUUUGUCACAAAGAACUCUGCCGCUUUGUGGUAUCGGGGUAAUACUAAGCUCGAUGUUGGUAGAGGACGGUAUGGCGGAGUAUGCCUGCUGGAUCUGGCAACCAAUGACAUUGAUUACCAUAGCUUUACAGAGCCUGUCGUCGUUACCUUCUCCCAAGAUUCCAGCCAUCAAUAUCUCAUACUGUGUAGAACUGGUAUUGAAGCACUCGCUUAUGGAGUAGAUCAGGAAACUCUUGUCAAUAAGUUGAUGAUCUACAGCAGUGCCAGUCUAGCUGAGACUGUUUGUCAUUUAAACCACUGGGAUCAUUACUCUAUACCUAUACAUGCUCUGGAGGUCGGUUUGAAACAACGCCAGCUGGACACCGUGGCAUUCUUCCUCAAGAGUAGAGAAAACGUGUUCAAGUAUAGUCCUACACCUAGCUCCCCCACCGGUGGGGCUCCACGCUCUCCCUCCCCACUGACCGCCGAUCAGACCCAACUCUGGUCGGCCAUUGACCUCCUCAUCACCUCAAUCCGCGACCACAUCCAGGCGCACCAGUCUCGCCAGUACGCCAUGCAGCUCUUGAACCUCACCCUGGCCUACGUCAACAAGCUGAUCGAGAACGCUACGGAGACGCUGAAGGUGGUGCAGCAGGGGGAGGGGCUUGAAGUCUUGGGCGGCUUCAAUCUGACUGGAACGGUUCUCAAGGAGGCGUUGGUAAAGCUGAUGGGGUACGUGAAAGAGCUAUGGGUGUACCUCAAAGGGUGUCCAAAAUGGAUUGGGGCGCAGGCUAAGGACGAAGCCAAGAGUGAAGACAAAGUAGAUUCAGUUUCCCCAAACUACUUUGAGCCUGAUGGGAAGACAGCCCAGAAAUACACCAGGAAGUGGAAGAAAAUGUCACAAGAGGAAGUAAUUAAAGAUGCCAUCCUCGGACGCUGCCUACCUCUAGCCCAGGCCCAUCUACGCAGUUCCUACGGUGGGUCGGAGGUUAAAGUUCAGAUGUCUGACCUGGCUGACAAGGGACUCCACCUUAUGCUGGGUUCACUGCUACAGAGUGACCUUCAAACUGCAACCAAAUUGCUCCAAAACAUGGGAUAUAAUGUGCAGACGCAGCUCAAGAAAAUGUGCCUGUACACUGUCAACAGCAACCUCAGGGAUUUCCUUAUUGACCAUCUCCGCCAAUCAGGAUCAUUUACUACUGAGGAAGAGGGUAUGAUUACCUUCAUCCACCAAUUGGAACGCUUGUACACCUGUCAAUCAUUUGAUAAAGCUAAAGCAUUGGCUCUGGAGAGUGGGAAAAGGAAAUGGGCCAGUAUGGUCACCCCAAGGCACUCCCUGAAUGCAUGGGCGCAAAACCUCCUUGAGACAAGACUACAGCGAGGGGAACUGGUCAUGUGUGAGACGCCAAACUGCGAGAACUUCCACUACGCUCACAUCCCCCUGGAGUGGGUUCGAACCUGGGACCAUGAGAUCAGAGAGAGGGUGUUACUUGAUGUGCUUAUUAAAUCCAAGGAUACAUCGUUGCGACCUUCUCUGGACGCUAAGUCUAUUUGGAGUUACUUGACAAGCCACUGUGACUGGAAACACUUGUCUGAUUGGAUAGCAGCUAGCAACCCCGGCAGCCGCAGCAAGCCUGAUCAUCUCAAUCCAGUACUAACUCAGACGUUGUAUGCACACGGUGCUGAUGAAUUAGAGGCUUGCCCAGGCUAUCUGAGAGAGAAAAUACUGGAUGCAUUGGCAAGUCGUGACAUCUUCUCGUCGUUGGAGUUGGAAAAGUUUAAUCUACUCCUGACGAGGCUCAGUCGUACUCUGCAGCUAUUCUCAGACACUCCAUUCCAAGACAACAGAGACCUGAGAGAGAAGUUCAGUCAAUGGUUCAUCAAUCUUUGUCUCAAGGAGCAGCUGACUAGCGUCUUGUAUCUCUUCUUGGACUUCUACAGAUUGUACUUGUCAGAGAAUGAGGUUGUGUCACAAGUGAGUGACAACAGAUGGCUGGAGAUGCUUCUACACUUCAGAUGGGUUGGAAGACAGACCACUGAUCCAUCUCUGAUGUUCCAGGCCAGUCUGUCCAAUUCUCAUCUACUGCUCGGAAAUGUCCAACCAACCAUAUCUCAACUCUUUGAGGCAGGACAUCCAGUAGUUGCCUUGGCAACGCUCAUCUAUGCACCGGGAACAUUCUCAGAGGCAAUGAGUCCAGCAUUGACAGUAGAAGAGAAGAUUUGGAAGGUUGAUGGUGAGGUGAUGAAGGAGGCCCUCAAGCAGUACCCUAAGCUACAAGCAGCUGUGUUUCCACCGAUAGAUGUAGAUGGAGUCAGUAAACAGGAUAUCACAGUCUACCAACUAUUGCAGGGGAACUGUCCAUACGAUCCAGCUAAACUCUUUAAAUGGCAGACAACUAACCCAAUGGGCAACAAGCAGAAUGGAACUGAGAUGCCUCAUUUCUCACAGGCUCAUCUCGUCAGUCAGUAUGCUUACACUGAGGCGUUUCGCUUCACCUACUACCUCUAUCAAGGUAGACCCUCCUUUGCCUACUUGGCCUUCCUAACAAGUCAGCUGCAGGAUGGAGGCACGCUGACAAAGAAGAGGGUGCUACAGGCCUACCUCAAGGCUUACAGCAUUGCCAUCAGGCACUUGUCAAACCGAACAAUUGCCUCGGCCUGCGUCGCAUUCGUUGAGAUGCUCGGUCAGGACAGUAUGUCCGUACGGAUUGACCUCCAAGCUGCCUCGGCCGUCCUAGAGAGGAAAUCCACCCAUGGGGAUGGCGGAGGAAAGGCCAGGAAAGACCAAGAACAAAAUCUAGUGAGGAUGCUCCUGGCGUGUCUUCAAGGAAGUGGAAAUGCCAAAGAGUUAUUGCAGUUGUUAGAGGAUGCUAUCACGUACAAACUCAACCUUGCCAAAACUAAACUGACAUCAUGGGAGGCAUCAGAGGAAUGGACGUUGGUAAUUCUCUUCUGUCGUCGACAUCAGCUACCUCUAAGUGAGGUCUACCUGAUUCAAUGCGCUUCAGACAACCAAUGGCUACACUUCACCUGCUUUGUACAGGCGCAUCAAUACCCUAAAGAGCAGGUCUUAGAUCUUCUGAAGAAAUUCAGCUCCAUUACAGUGAGGGAGCACCUCCAUGAUGCAUUCCGCAACCUGCACUUUGGCCCGGCUCUCAUCAGAGACGAUCUGCAGGGGGUUAGACAGCGCCCUCUAUCAUCCCAGCGAGUACGCGAUGUUAAAGCGCACUAUUAUCAUCGAGUUGGAUUCCUACGAAGGAGAACUGCUGAUAUGAGCUCUGAGGAUGAUACUACAUGUGGAAGUGACGAUGCAUUAUCAACUGAUGAUAGUACAACGCAACCUACUGCCCCACUGGAGCUAAACAUCAGCAGAGUUCCAAAGGAUCUCUUCAGUGUUCUAUUUGAAUGUAAUACUUCACCGGUGCCAUGGAAGUCUCUACUAGCCCAUGCAGUGAUACUCGAGGAACCAGUGCUUGCCAUCAUAGCGUCAUGCUAUAAGGACUGCGUUCCUUUAGACUGUCUCUGCACGUGGCUGUUGACCUCUCUGGAUGACCCAACCUCUACCGCUAAGGUCACUGGGUCAAUGACCUCGGUCCAGUGGCACAGCUGGACGCUGGAAGAGCUGACGUUGAUCGUUGAGGUUGCCAUGACAGCCGGUCUGGCGACACUCUUGGCCAAAGGGUUCUACAUAUUUGAUAAGGACUGCGCCUUGAAUUCGUUUCUGAGUUUCUGCGAGGCAAUGUUGGUGAAAUGUGACACAUCUCGAGCUAAGAUCUGCCUGCAGGACUUCAAGGCUGCUAUUCUUAAGUGUCGCAGAAAGGGUAUCUCAGGAUCAGGGUCUCAGAGUCCACGAACCUCAGCGGAUUUCAAGAUUGGAAAUCUCAAGUGGUAUGAGGAGACGGCUAGCGCUGUGGUUCUAUCCAUGGUGGUGACUAGUACCACCUACUGGGAUACCUGCUCUCUGCUUGAGGUCUUAGCUCAUGCAAACUUCUCUAGGAUCGUGUCGAGACAAGCCCCUGACUUCAACAAGCUACACAAGGUAACGCAAGCCCUGACAGACACCCCAAUACAAGCCGAGAUAACUCGUCUUGUUGGUGUCAAUGAGCCAGAGUACACAGCAGAGUGUAACAGAGUCUUACAAUGCUUGAAGGAGACAAAGUCGUUCAAGAAGGCUAAAGAGUUCGCAAGCGUGGCCGGACUUCCUGUAGAUCAAGUCAUCGUUGAGCAGUUGCUCUUUGACCUGAAUGACCUCCAGAGGUCAAAGGUCUGGAAUGCUGAAUCAGGCAGGAUGAUAUUCUGGAAAACGUGUCACAAUACAUUCAAGGCCAACCGUGUUUCAGGGAGUACAGCAUCAACAUUCUUCCAAAAUCAGGUGAAUGAGCAGAAAGACUUACACGCCAGAGAAAAAGCCACUUUGCUUAGUCUUGCUCAAAGGUGGUUAUCUAAUGAGACCAGCGCACCUUCACAAGUAAAAGCGGCUGCAGAGAGACUACAGCAAGAGGCCUGGAGCUGGAGACUAAGAGCUGAGGUGGAGAAGAUGGAAACCAGCUCUGUCCCUCCUUCGCUGCUAGAGGGCGCUUUCACUACUGGCCCCGAUGAUAGGUUCGGUGAUAUGGACUGUAAGUGUCUCAUAUCAGAAGAGUUGCUGUACAUUGCUGAUGUCAAGGUGGAUCCGUACUCACCUCCAAUCCUUAAAGAUGAAAAGGAGGUAGCAGCGUUGAAUUUAAUCUUAGGCAACCUUCUCGACAAGUGCUGCAUCAAGAAGGCCUAUCAACUAGCUAAACAGUUCAACCAUUAUCACGAGGACCUCUCAAUCAUACUGACCAGCAUCCAGUUAGCUAUGGGCCUCAUUGCAGCCAAUCAGAUGAAGCCUGACAUGAAGAGAAUGGUGGCAGAGGUGGGAUCCAGAAGUCUAGGAGGUGGUGGAGGAAGGCAAAGUAGAAAGAUGAGCGAUGCUUGGAAGGGUAUGAUGUCUAGAGGGAUGCUCACAAGAUCUGCAAGUACUGUGAGUAUGACCAGCAUGGCUAGCCUGGACCAGUAUGAGGAGGAGUUAGAUGAGACACUGAACACUAUGGAAUCACUCUCAGCUAACUGCUCAUCCCAGGCUAAGCAGUGCUGUAAUAGAGUCAUCAAUGCAUACAGAAUAGGCCAGAUUCUUGGCAGCAGUUACAAGUCGGUUGUGAUUCAAGCUCCAUUUGAUAGCCUGAGAUCCAUACUACGAUGCAGUCACCCACAACGCUUUGCCAUCUCCAAGACAUUCAUCCUGGCCAAUGAAAUGACUGACAUACAGGUGGCAGGGUUUUUAUGUGAAGCAGUUGUCACAAGCUUGAAGGCACGCCAUCCAAAACGCAGGGAGGGGCUAGGUGCCACGUCGAGGUUUCCAUCUUCACCAUCUCUAGGCUCCUACAUCAGCCAAGAUCUGAGUGAGAAGGAAGAGUUCAGUCAGUUGAUACAGCUGUGUAGAAACCCGGCCAUCCUUGGGAAUAGACUACUACAGGAAGCGACGUCAUUGGUCAGCUCAGAUGCUGGCAACAGCAAAUCAGUUCUGACCAUGGAGGUUGAGCUAAUCGUCAGAGCCCAUGAUUGUCACACUGUUUGCUGUAACAUGGAAGGGAUCUCUAACGUACUCAGGAAGUGUCGAGAGUGCAGCGAUGCCCUCACCCAGUCAGAAGAGUUCACCCUGCUGGUGCGGUUAUUGACGGGUGUAGGGAGAUAUUGUGAGAUGUCUUAUGUCUUUGAUGUACUCCGAGCUAACCAACAGUUUGAGCUUCUCUUUAAGCGAGGAGGGAAGGACACCAAGCUGAAGGUUGCGCUACUGGACUACCUGAAACGCUGUGACCCUCCAGACACCGAGGCCUAUAACUUUGUAGCCGUUAAGUUUGAGAUGAAUCGGGAGAUUGCCGAGCUGCUUAUGAGAGAUGCUCAGGAGCAGCUGCAGAGCUUUAAUAAGAAGGCUAUGGGUGCAAAUAUCGAAUUGCAGAACAGUCUUCAAAAUGUCUUACAGGAUUUUACAAAAGCUGCACAGAGCUACGCUAAGGACAACUGUCUGAGACACGCUGAGCAGUGUGUGAAGCAGGCCCGCUUAGUUGCAUUACAACUUCAUCUACUUCCAACUAAGCAACAUGUCAUCAAUCUAGACUCCAAAGCUCUGACGUCUUUCAUGAAUAAACACACAAAGUUCCAUGAGGCACUGAUCGUAGCCGAUGCCUAUGGGAUGAUGCAAUCCUUAUGGUCCGAUGCUAUCUAUCACGUCGUCGUCAUGCAAGGAGAUUUCCAAUACCUGGAGGACUAUAGCGUCUGUAAACCUCUUGAUGGAUCUCUCUUCAGGGAUGUCGCUAACAAGUAUCGUCAAGAAAGCAGCCGACUGUUUCAGGCCUCGACCAACAUGAAGAAGUUUUUGAGUUACUGUAGUGAAGUAUUGACAGCCUACAAGAUUGCCACUGAGCUGGGUUUCCAGGACCUGGCUGUGAAUCUACUGGAGGGUGAAGCAGGGUCGUACCUCAAGGAUGUAGCAUGAUCUGAUGACGGGGACUGAAGGACAUCACCUAAGCAACCUUUGCUUCUCAACAAAGUUAUAAGGCCCAAUUUCAAAGUAGCUGUGCACAAAGUAGCUAAGCACAAAGCAAUCAUGCUAAGCUACAAAUACCAUGUCAUAUGCUUCAUUAGUUAUUAAUAUGAUUAAAUUUGAAAAUGUUUGCAUUGCAUCAAUAUUUAAUAUUGUGAAGCAACUGCAGGGCCAAAUCUUACCGGCUCCCACAAAUUGAGAGAAAAAAUUAUUCUAGCGUUAAUGUAUAAUUUCUGAGCACCAAAGGCUUAAGCGGUAAGCCGUGUCAGAAUUAUUGGCUACGGCUUCAUCAAUCAACAUGCACUGAAGUAUAAAACGUUCUUAGCAACACACUUAACAACAGUUGUACUGGUAGUUGUAGUUGUAGCCACUCAUUCAGAAACAACCUUAUUUUUUCGUAAUUGCAAAUUGCAAGGUUUUUUUUUUUUUUUUAGUCUGUGGGAGCAGCCAUAUUAUAUACUUUGAGAUAAAAAUAAUAUUUCCACUAAACUAAAUCUAUAUUAAAUCUUCUGCAAGUUAAUACUUUAUACAAUUGUGUCACUAUAAGUGCAAUUAUGUAAAUAAAUAAAAAGCCAAUUUAUAAUAUAAAAAUUGUUUUCGUACA